AUGGGAAUUGGACAUCUAGCCGGGCAAGGAUGCAAUGUUUGUCAGAGUAACACCGCGGCGUGCAUUAAUGAAACAUCAUUUCACUUGUGUUAUGGAGUGUGGCCAGCAGAUGAGCAGCAGUACUCUCUUCAAUGGGGAGCAUUGGAUCUUCCAGCAAGAUUCCGCUCCAACCCAUUAGGUACUGUUCCCAUAACUGAUCAGACAUUUCACUGCGACGAUGGUCUUGUCUGCUCGGAUCAACCAAAUAUUUGCUUCCAGAGCGGUGGGGCCACCGCCAGCUGUGGUGACACUUCCAGUUGUGGUCUAUGCAAUGAAAAUAAUGUUUUCGCAUGCACCAGUCGUAACACAUUUGCCUUUUGUUUUGGCGCAACAAAGCCGACUAAUGUGAACGGCACCUGUCCCACAGGUCGAGUAUGUGACGCAUCUACGCAGGACAUUUGCGUCCUACAAGCGCAGAAUACAUCAAUUAUCUGCAACUUGGAUCAGCCGAUAGCCACAACUGCUCUCGAUGAAACAUUGGCGCAUUGAAGGCUAGAGAGGACCAACAUAUUCCUUAUGAAAUAGUGUAG